UGUGAUCCUGAUAAAACGAAUCAGCUUGUUGUGUUAUUUAGACUUAUUGUGCAUCUUUUCUCUGUCCGCGCUCAGGUGGCAAAGUUCAUUGGCUCUCCACCGGGAUAUGUGGGACAUGAAGAAGGCGGUCAGCUGACCAAGCUGUUGAGGGCGUGUCCUAACGCUGUUGUCUUGUUUGAUGAAGUGGAUAAGGCCCACCCCGAUGUCCUCACCAUCAUGCUGCAGCUCUUUGAUGAGGGUCGUCUUACAGACGGUAAAGGAAAGACAAUCGAAUGCAAAGAUGCCAUCUUCAUCAUGACGUCGAACGUCGCAAGUGAUGAGAUAGCCCAGCAUGCAUUGCAGCUCCGCCAGGAAGCCGAGCAGGUCAGCCGCAGGAAGCUGGCCGAUAACCUCGAGGACGUACAGAAAAGUGAUGACAUUAAAAUCUCCAGACAGUUUAAAGAAUCUGUGAUUCGACCAAUCCUGAAGGCUCAUUUCCGGAGGGACGAGUUCCUGGGCCGUAUCAAUGAAAUCGUCUACUUCCUGCCAUUCUGUCACUCAGAGCUGCUACAGCUGGUCAGCAAAGAGCUCAGCUUCUGGGCCAAAAAGGUGCGAGAGCCCAAUCUUUACAGUCAUUUUUAGUCUCUCUGCUUCUGAGGUUAUAAAUAAAGAAAUUAUGCAAGAUCAAGUCCUGCUGAGUCUUAAUGCAGAAAACGUUACACAGCUUUAAAAAUCCUGCCUCGCGAGUCCUUUCAUGAUUUCUAUUUUAACUGAUAUUAACAGAGGUUGCUGGCAGCACUGAUGGGUUGUUUAAGUGCGCCAGAGGAAUGCACAAAUUUGUUCCAGCUUCCAUAUUGCUGUUUGGAUGCCCACUUUAACAACAAGUGGGCCGAUCAGCUGUGUGUGGAUCUGAGAGGAG